UUAUGAAAUAUUUUUAACAUUUGUAUAUUUCUUUAAACUUAGAAUUAUAAAUUUUGUAUGAUUUAUUUAAAAUGUGUGUCAAACAUUGUAAUUAUUUUUAACACCACGCAGGCGUCAUUUACGUUGGUAUUAGGUUAUUGCGAAGGUUUGAAAUGAUAGGUAUCCUAACUCUAAAAACAAGUCCAUAUAAAUAGAUCUACGAUACUAAAUUAUUUUAUAGAAAUGUGCACUCAAUACUAUGCAUACAAAUUAAACUGACCUGAAAAAUCGAGCUUCAUAUUUUUUACCGUGUUUUUCGCUCAGACUUUUAUUAUAUUAUGUAAAAAUUAUUUUCCAAUAUGUUUUGAUGGUGCUAGUGGGCAUUUUUUAGUGUACCAACCACUUUUUCAAGUAUCAAAUUGCCAUAAAGAUCAAAUAUCCAAUUUUUUUUAAAUUUAGUAACAUAUUAUAUUAAGCUCAUACCAAUAAAAUAAUUAAUUUGUUAACUCUGAUAAAUUGAAAGUAACAACGUUAAAUUGUAUUAGGCAUUUCUAUUAUGUUAAAGUGACAACGUCUCACUACGCAUGUUGACUAGCACUAAAACUUGAGUUUUACUGUGUGUUUUUAAUUUUAUUAUUUUUAGAAGAAUUAUAUACAUCACUGAUUUAAUAAUAUCAGCUAAUUAAUAUGUAUUUCACUUUAGACCUUAAGGUAACCAACAACAUUUUAAUUGAAGCUAAAACUUGAGUUUAUACUUAUUAGUACAAUCAUAUGUCAGCCUAGGUUCAUAGCAUCUUGAGAUAUGUAUGGAAACCUUUUUUUAUCGAUACAUUUAUGACGCGUCUUAGAAAAAUUAAAUAAAUGCUUUGGACGAGGCCACGGGUGUAUCCAACAAAAAAAUAAGGUGUGUACAUUUUAAUUGUUAACAAGUAAUCCUUAAUACUAUUUUGUGAAUCUGAUUAUGGUCAGCUUAACGCUAUAGAUGGCUACAUAGUACACGCGUGUACGUUUAUAAGUAUAUUUCAUUGUGGAUAGGGUUUCCUCACAAUUAUAUAAUAAUUCCACAAGUUGAUCUUAUUUAAAUUGACUAUUUCCAAUGUACAAUUAAUGGUGAUGGAAAAUGUAUUUACCUUCACUGCGUUCUACCUCCAGCCAAUCGACGGCCGCCGCGCUGUUAUCAUUUGUCUCACACGCAUAAACAUCAUUAUCAAGUAGAUUAUUGUUUGUAAUUUUUUUUUAUUUCUCACCUAAAGCCAUCCUUAUUGUUGUUUGUAAUUUUCAUAGCUGUUGUGUGUUUACUUCUAAAAUACUGCUAAAAAGAAUAAUAUUAUUAAGUGUGUACAUUUUAUAACUGUGUUUUGCGUCCAUGGAAACGGCCUCUUAAUAGGAAUAAUAAGUCAAAGAAGUGAGAAACUAGCUAAGAAUCAAAAUUAAAAUGGAUGAUUAUUGCUGCGAGACUGUGAUCAAAAUAGAGGAAGAAAAUGAGGAUACGAAAGAACAACUUACCGAAGCCUUAAUGGAAAAAACAAAACCGGAAAACAUUGAAAAAUUAUAUAAAAGUGAUCUGACGACCAACAACAAACCUCAAGAAAAUAUUGACGGAGAUGCAUAUAAACUUAAUGAAACAGGAGACGUGCCAAGAAUUAAAAUUGAAGAAGGUGAGACAGAUGAUUUUUACUACAAAUCCAUAAUUGAAAUUCAAGAAAAUAAUGAGCAAUUGAAAGAGCAUCAAAAAACGAUUGACAGGAAUGCAUACAAUGUCGGAGAACCGUGCCCCGAAACAAUAGUCAAAAUAGAAGUGGACCUAGUAAAAAGACAUUAUUUUGAGUCUGCGAUUCAAAUUGAAAAAAAUGGUAAUUUGGAUGAGAUUCAGUCAUUUGUAUGCGAUGUAUGCAAAAUGUCGUUUUCUACAAAAAAGAAAGUUGCCCGACAUAUUACACAUUCACAUAGUGCGCAAUUAUUAACCCAGAAAAGCGCUGUAAAAGAAGUCGUUGAGAGUACUUUUAUUGGUGUCAAUCGUAUGAGAAAUGAAGCGAAUAAAAUAACUACUGGUUGUUUUUUCAAAUCUAGGAUUGAAACAGAUAACAAUAAACAAACGGCAUAUAACACUAAAAAACAAAUAACUUUACAUAUCAUGAAAUCCCACAAAAGUUCGACGAUGAAUCAAUCUCCUCAAAAUUCAAACGCUAUAAAUCCCAAUAAGUUUACUGCAGGAUACACAAACAUAAACCGACCCUACAAAUGUGCGGCGUGCUUAAAAUCAUUUUCCCUCCAAUCUACCCUCACGCGACAUAAACGAAUUCACACCGGAGAAAAACCUUAUAAAUGUAUUGUAUGCUCAAAAUCAUUUUCUCGAACACACCACCUUACGCAACACGAACGCGUGCACACCGGCGAAAAGCCCUUCAAAUGUAACUUGUGUUUGAAGUCAUAUUCAGAAAAACACAACCUUAAUAUACACAAAAGGUCCGUUCACACAGGAGAAAAGCCUUACAAAUGCGAUGUGUGCCUUAAAUCAUUUUCUGGAAACACCGCUCUCACAAAACACAAACGGGUGCACACCGGCGAAAAACUUUAUGAAUGUAAUGUGUGCUUGAAGUCAUUUUCUCAAAGUAACGACCUCACAAAACACAAACGCGUGCAUACUGGAGAAAAGCCCUACAAAUGCAAUAGGUGCUUAAAGUUUUUUAAGAGUUCAUACCACUUAAAAGAACACGAACGCGUGCACACCGGCGAAAAGCCCUUCAAAUGUAACUUGUGUUUGAAGUCAUAUUCACAAAAAAAAAACCUUAAUAUACACAAAAGGUCCGUUCACACAGGAGAAAAGCCUUACAAAUGCGAUGUGUGCCUUAAAUCAUUUUCUGGAAACACCGCUCUCACAAAACACAAACGGGUGCACACCGGCGAAAAACUUUAUGAAUGUAAUGUGUGCUUGAAGUCAUUUUCUGUAAAAUCCACUCUCAGAUGUCACGAACGCGUGCACACCGGAGAAAAGCCUUAUAAAUGUGCCGUUUGCUUAAAGUCAUUUUAUGAAAGCACAAGUCUCACAAAGCACUCACGUGUGCACUCUGGUGAAAAGCCUUAUAAAUGUGAUGUAUGUCUAAAGUCAUUUUCUGAUCGAUCCAAUUUCAGACGGCACAAAUUGGUGCACACUGGCGAAAAACCUCAUAAAUGUAAUGUGUGUUCGAAGUCAUUUUCUGAGCAAUCCAAUUUCACACGACACAAAUGCUUGCGUUAUCAAUAAUUUAUAUUUAUUAAUUUGUAAAUAAAAAGUGUAAAGCGAGUGACCCACAACUUUAUAAAACUGUUUCUACCGGUAAAGUUUGAAUACAUUUUGUUUUCUUUUAAUCAAAUGAUCACAACCACUUCAUGUUUUAAAGAUUUAAUGUUAUAUAAAAAUCUAAAAAAUUAUUAUUAAAUUCAAUAUAAGUUUGACCUACCCCACUUUGA